UUGUCGGCAGUGUGCGAUAGAUGUGUGAGAAGACGGAGGAUGCUUUACUUUAAGAUUAAUAUAGAUGCUGCUGAAUAUUUUACUUCGGAAUAAUCAUAUUUUUAUUUAUAAAAUGACAUUCAACAUAAUCAUAUUUUGCGGUUUAUACGUGAACUUGUGCGAAAAUACCACAUGAAUACAAAGAUGUUGGAUAAGUGUAUGUUGCAAUGACAAGGUUUGAAACUAGGAUAACCAGGAACAUAUGCUGCACACAACGGGUAAUCCUUUCUUACUCUUCUUUAUUGGUAUAUUCUAUAAGUGUUUCCUUGGAACGUUUCUUCUAUCCCAAGUAGCUUAUGUUUUAUCACCUUCAGUUCUCAGAAGGGACAUAAGAGAAGUAGCUGAGAACGUCACACAAAACGUAUCUGAAUUAUUAGAUAGUCUCUUACAGGGUUACGAUCAUCACUUAAGACCCGGUUUAGGAGUUAAUCCAACAAAAGUGUACAUAGACAUUGAAGUAAGAAGUAUGGGCCCAAUCUCAGAGGUUGACAUGACGUUUUCUUUAGAUUGUUACUUUCGUCAAAAAUGGAUCGAUAAAAGAUUAGCCUUUACUGGAAUUAUGACAACACUCGCUUUAUCCAUUUCCAUGUUAGAGAAAAUUUGGAAACCCGACACGUAUAUCUAUAAUGGAAAAUAUUCUUAUUUACAUACAAUUACUUCACCGAAUAAAUUUGUUCGACUCUAUCAGGAUGGACAAGUAUUAUAUUCGUCAAGGUUGACAAUAAGAGCGAGUUGCCCAAUGAAACUAGCAAAUUAUCCGAUGGAUUUUCAAGCUUGUUCUCUAUAUAUUGGUAGCUUUGGUUAUUCUCCAAAUGAUGUUAUUUAUCAAUGGAGUCCAUCCGGAGGAGUUGCCAUAGCACCCGACAUGAAAAUGUCUCAGUUUGACGUGAUAUCAACUCCUACGGGAAACACGUCGAGGUAUCACUCCAAAGGUCAUAAAUCAUUACUCGUUGCGAGUUUUCAUCUUCAAAGACACAUAGGAAAUUUUAUCAUAGAAGUUUAUGCCCCGUGUACUAUGUUAGUUGUCUUGUCCUGGGUUUCCUUUUGGAUUAAUAGAGAAGCUACUGCUGAUAGAAUAGCUCUUGGUAUAACAACGGUGUUAACUAUGACGUUUCUGGGUUUAGAAAGUCGCAACGACUUACCAAAGGUUUCCUAUUGUACAGCGUUGGAUUAUUACGUGGCAAUUAGCUUCGCAUUCAUAUUUUCAACAAUUGUAGAAUUCGCAGCAGUUCAUUAUUUUACUAAAAGUGGUAGCGGAGAACAUUAUUUUCCAGAUAAUCAAGUACAGGAUGCUUCGACAGAUUCAGAAGAGAGCGAAACAAUGGACGAAGAAGGAAGCAUCGACGAGAAAGUCCCAUUUGUAGAUAAAGCAACGACACCAGACAGAAUACCAGAGAGUCUUCAGGAUAACGAAUGUUGGAAACAAGCUACAGAAAGGCCACGUCGACAAUCGAAUGCAUGCUCUUUAGCGGGAGACGAAAGUCCUACAUCUUUACAAUUCGAAAAUCUUUCACAAAAUGGUGCGAGACAUAAACGAAGAUGUUCGUUUUUUAAUAGCCGUAAAAUACCGAAAACGAAAAGGAAGAAGAAAAAGAAAAGAAAAAUCAUUAUGCAGUUGAAUAGCGUGAGCAAAAUCGAUAGAAUAUCACGCGUGUUGUUUCCCGUGAUUUAUUUAAUCAUUAACUUUAUAUAUUGGUUCACUUAUUUGGGUGGAGAGAGAGCAACAUGACAGCAUUCUCAUCGUGAUAAAAAUAUACGUAUCCAAUAUCACAAACUUUACUGUUGUUGUCACGACGUGAGGAAUAAAAACUGGACAGGGUA